UUUCUUUCAUUUUUGCGCUAACCACUUCGCUCAUAAAUCGUUUUAAAGGUAAAUAUAUGAUGUUCCAUGUUAAUACUAACAGUAUUAUUGUCAGCUGUUGCCAGAUUUACUGUUGUGCUCUUUUGUACUAGUCUGUCAGCCACAUGUUCUGCUUUUCUUUAAAUAAACACCAUAGUCGUGACAUCGAAUCUUAAAGGUUCUUCUUGGAUUUUAGUGAAAACUUGCUGUCGCUACCAAUAAAGUACACGUACUUAUAAUUAUGUGUGAAGACACUGUUUCUGAUGUAAUAUUCCAUCAGUAUUAAUAUUAUCCAGGUGUAUCAACUAUCAUAAGUACAAACCCAUUCAAAUUCAUUUUUGCUGGGAAUCACACGUUCUGGUAACUGUACUAUAGAAAUUUAUAUCUGCAUUAAAGAAUCAAUUUGAUCUGUGGCCACUUGCAAAAAGGUAUUGAUGCUACAAUUUUUAACCCUAGGUAAGACUUUGCAAUCGAUUGUGAACAUAAGUUAUGCCAAAGAGAAGUUGUAAAGGUGAAUGUAACUGUUUGAAGUUCUUCUGUGUAAAUGUACAGUGCACCACUCAGUAACAUUUUCCUUGCCUUCAUUCUGACUGGAAAGAGCUCUACAUCUUGAUGAUUCUGCCGCUAACAACAACAUGUGAACAAAUUACUUUAACAUCUAAGCCCUUGGUUACCCGCCUUGCACCCUAGAUGCCCCCUCCAACCCCUGGGAGAGACGAAAGCAGCUGCUUGAGGAACUGACGCCUGAGUCAGUGGAGGACGAGGAGAAAAUGUUAGCCCAAGCCAUGGAAAUGAGCCUGCAUGUGCGGGAUAAGUCAGCGAGAGACAGGUACAAGACGGGUUAUCAUGCUGGGGAGGCUGCCCUAACACCAUGCCAGUGGGUCCUCAGUGAUAUAGGUUACCACCUGGUACACAACUCGCUGAACCAGGACUUCCCCUCCGUGCCAGACAACUACCAGCUUAACUCCAGUUAUGACGACCUGCCAGAGGGAGCCUUUGGUGAAUCCAAACCCUGUCCCAGUUAUGCUGACCGACUGACGGCAGAAUGGAGACCCAGAAGUCAACCGAUAAACUGUGACCCUACGUCUGCAGUGCCUCAUGUCAACCAGGUUAACAAAGAAUGCAGGACAGCAGAGGGGAUACGGAACACAGUGGUAGAUUUUAACAGCACUAACAGCCAUAAGUCUGUGGAAACAGGGCAAUCACACUCAAGUCAUUCUGAUAUGAACCAGAUAGAUGUGACCCCCACAACAUCAGACUGUAAAUUGUUGUCCCAAAUGGAGCCUCACUUAAACCGAGAUCCUCACAGUUUUUCACACCAUUCCUUGGGUUCUUGGGAAGUUCCAAUUUCCAAGACAGAUAACACAGACUGGAGCUGCACUACUGUGAACAGCCACAAAAAGCCUCCACAGUUGCCCCAUGCUCCAGGGAUUGUACUGGAAAGGGGUAUCCCUGACCAGACUUUGGACACAGUGCAGCCGUCGAAUUCGAGUUUCUUCAGACCAGAGGAACGUGAGUGGAGUAAAACAUGCGAGUCCUGGGAUACAACUGACACAGAAAACGUCAGGUUUCCUUUAGAAAUGUCACAAUCUGAGCAACCUGAGGAUGGAUGGAGUAAAAUGGACCAGACUGAUGUUCUCAUGCAGUUUCAUUCCAAGGAUACCUCAGGUGACGGUUCUAACACCCCCAACAACAAUCCUCCAGCUAUGGGGAGUACUUGUCUGUCAACUUCACCAGAGGAGAAAUUUCUCAGUAAUAAUCAAAAUGAAGAACAAACAGACCAGUUUGAUACACCUAUCCCAACUGUCAGAACAAAUGCCAACUUUGGUGUAAAUGACAGAACAGAUCAGCAGUUGCCAUCACAUAGUGAGGCCAGUCUAGGCAAUACAAACACCCAGAGCUCACCCGCGGCUUUCUCCUUCAGACACCUUAAGAUUAAUGCUAUUAGAAAACCAAAUGAUUCAAAUUCUGCAGCUCAGCCAAAUUCGGGAACAGAAGUGAGGAAUAAUUCUGUAAGUGCUCCAUUUGUCUUGCCACCAGCUCAUGAAGAUUGGGGCACUGAGUUGAUAGAGGAUAUCCUUGUUAUAGCCGAUGAUCUACAGAGAAAAGAAAGGGAGUCUGAUACAGUGUAUAUACCUUCCAGUGAAAACGUUGACAGAAAGCCUGAGCAAGACCAAGGGAUUAUUACACCGAAUGCAAAUGUUCCCAAUCACUCGCAGAUUGCACUGGAUCCUCAGGAACGGCCAACGGAAAACAGCACACCUGAGAAUCUGGAAAGAAGAGAUUUAGAAGCAAUGAACGAGAGAAUUCAAAGUACCAGUCAGUUGUGGGUUAAUGAAGUUGAUAAUAGUGUGGAUGAGUCAGGGGAUCAUGAUGGGCCAGGAGGAAAUUCCUCAUCAGAGUUUUUUCCUCCACGGGCACACCGGAAGAUAGAUCACUUCCCAGGGUUACCCAGCGUUCUUCCAGAUGACCUGAACAUCUACAUGCAGUACCUGGCUCAGAAUGCAGCCAUGGCCAUGAUGUCCAAUCCUCUGAUGAUGCCGCUGGGAGCAUCUGUGCCGAGUUUUCCUGCACUUGGACAUGUGCCAAUUCUGGGUAUACCGGGCAUGAUGCCAAUGAUGCCGAAUUCUCACUUAUGGCAGCAUGCAAUGCAGCUGCAGUUUCAGCAGCAGCAGGAAUUACUACGACAGCAGAUGUUGCACAGACAGAAUGGUAUGCAGCGGACUGCAGGAAUGGGUCCUCUAGUGGAAGAGGAGACACAGCGUGAACAGGCCCCACACAGUCUUAUAGCAGCAGACAAGAGUAGGCCAGACCGUUCUCCUGGUCACCAGAGAGCACAUGUUGACCAUCAGGAUCAGCAAUUAAUGAAUGAUAAAGGAUUUCCUGCGGAGACCUUGAUCCCAGAGAACACCGCCUCGUCCCCACAAGAAAGCACUUACUCCCUUAGACUGCCCAAAUCUAACCGUCCAAGCUUCAAAAUCAGAGUGGCCUUUCCUGCAGGAGAAAGAAGCCAGCCUUCUCAAAGCCCACCCGCAGGCAUGGAUGGUUCAGAACAUCUCAUAGCAUCCCAAGAUUCAGUAUCCCGCGAUUCAGUAUCCCAUAGCAAUACGGCAGGUGUGAGAUUGGCCAGCGUACAUGAUUCUUCCACUCAAUCUGAAAGCUUCACGAAGCGGCCAGGCAGUGGCGUGCGCUUCCCUUCACGAGGACGGGGUCAUGCAUUGAGUAGACGGUACCAGACCUCGCACAGUGACAGGAGUAAUACAUCGUACAACGUUGUGUCGACUUCAGCUGCCAGUGGCAUUACUCAGUACCGACCUCAAGGGGGCAUAAGUAGUUUAAAAUAUAAAUUCCCAAAUGAUAAUAACUGUUCCAGUGACAGAUCUUCAGGUUAUCAGUACAAGUCCCAGAACACCAUGAACGGCACCCAGGAUAAAGAUGAGGACAACCCUAGAUACCACAGAUCAGUGGGCAACGUUAGUGAAUCUCAACACAGGCUUCUAAGCGACACCAGCAAGGCAAAUAUCCUCUCGUGCAAGGAGUCCUGGGAUGCAGAGCUUCUAAAUGUAGAUGUUACUAUACACGGUCAACCAAGGCAGAAAUAUGAGCAAGGGCACUGCCCACCACAAAAGGUUCCAUCCAAAGGCAGAGGCAUAAGGAACAGCUUGGCCAAAAUAACAGCUGAUAAUAGAGGGCAUAGCCUGGGAAGACAGGUCAUUGUCAAAGAAGAAAUCUCCGACUCGGAUAGAAGAAACUACUGAACUCUAUUAGUGUUUUCGAAACAAAAAACGAAAAGGAGCUAUGUAUACUUCACUUAACACUUUCAAAAGGUGGUGUUGUGGGACAUUUUUAUCAUGAUUAAAAUGCUGCGGACCCAAAUGGUUCCAUCAACCCACUGCAUUAUCAGAGUUCUAGCUUACUUAUCCAGCAGCAUUUUAUGGACACAAAUCUCGUGAGAUUAGUAGUUAAAACGCCCCCGCCACAGCGAGUGCCCAUCAAACUCGCGAGUUGAUGCGUCUUCGUUUUUGAACGAAGGACGAUAUAGGGGAUGGAGUUUCAGCAAGACACGUCUGAAGUCGAUAGUAUCUAUCUUUCCUGAAAUUUUGAGCUAUUAUAGGGUGAAGCUGGUGUUAUUAAUAUUUGCACAAGACAAGGGUACACAAAUGACGACUUAGUGCUUGCUGGGUCGGAUUACACUUUCCUGAGGAGUAAUAACUGUUCCCCUGUUUAAAUGCAUGUCCCCAGUUCUGUAUUACACAAAACCUGUCAUUACGGGGUAUUUCAGUCAUUAUCAAACCCAACAUCCACAGGCAUUUCGGCUGAGUCAUUGUAAAUAAUAACAGGGAAAUCUUGUGAUAGUUAUACGCUGUGGUACCACCUUUCUCCGAACGAGAAAAAAGUCACACAGGGUGAAGUGCCGUAAUUCCGUAUUAAUGCUCCGUGGUUGUAUUACUGUUUAAUCAUUAUCAAGCUGUGGAACCUAAAGUAAAUGUAUGCUUCUGUGCGCAGUGUACGGGGAUAAAAAUAACAGGUGUGUCUUGUGACUGUUAAGCAACUGUUAAGUAUGAUACAGUAGCUGACCACAGCCGUAAGCUGACCACCUAUAUGAGUGAACACUAUGACACACGUAUUUAUAGCCAAUCAUGGGUCAGUAGCACGUUGGAUGGGUCGUUUUUUAAUCAGGUUAGUUUAAGCUUAAACAUUUGUGAAUAUGUGAAGAACUGCACGAGAGUUGUAAAGCUGUAUAUAGACAUAGUGCCUUCGGGUGAAGCUAUUUUUUUAACUGCGAGAUUUUAUAAAACGUACAUUAUAUUUUGAAGAUAUAUACACAUCAUUAUGUUGUUUCUUUUUUACAAGUGAUUUUGUCUCUGAAUUUGUGUUUUAUGGUAACGUUCGUAUUAAUAGUUAUGUAAAGUGUCAGCAUCUGUGGUGCUUUUUAAGUAUAAAUCGCAUUUUGCUAUUUCCAUGAUGGGUUAUGCUAUCUUUACUGUUAGGCUUGACGUUCCAUCAUCGUUUUCUAAGAUGAUAACUUACAUUCAACUGUAGUCCCUCGUAUUGAUAAAGAAACAUCAUCACCCUCGUGUAACGUCGCCUUUAUAUUCCCUGGCCCCAGGAUCACGAAGCAACCUUCGACUUAAGUCAAAUAUCAAAUCACUUUAAAAUUGUUGUUUCUUACGUAACAGGGACAAAAUUGUGCUUGACAGCAGAAAUUCAAGGAAAAUUAUUGUAAAACAAAUUUGAGGCAAAAUUACAGAAAGGAAGAUACCAAAUUUAAUGAUUAAAAUUUUUAUGUAAUUUUAAGAUCGCUUCCUGAUCCUCGAACCACGUGUAUAAAUGGUGUUAUUUUAAUUUCCAUAGAUUUUCUCAACGCACAAAUAACAUUUGUUUUAAAAAAAUCAUGAAUAUGUCAUUGUCCCCUGUAUCACCAUAAUAAUUAAUUAAACUAUGUGUAGUGCCGCUAUAAUUUGUAAAACUAGAUCUCUGUUAUAGUGUACAACUAUAUGUUAUUGUAUUUUAAGUUUACAUACAUUAUGUUACAGAUAAAGAUGUUUUUGAUACCUAGCAGUCGUUAUGAGGAUUUAAGCGUCUUUCUCUAAAAUUAGCCGCCUGAUUAGUAUUUCAUUAUGCAUCAGUGACGGGAAUUUUCACAAAAAUGCAGUCAUCCUUAAAAUUGUCAUCAUUCUAACAAAAAGCUUGACAAAGCGACUAUAGACUUCUGUUCAUAGACAUAAAUAUGUCAUUCUUUUAUUUUUGGAUAAAAGUUUAUAUAUGGUUGCUGUCAACAAAAAAUAUGUGACGUGGUUAAUAAAAAUAAAGUGUUCU